CUUUACGGUGCGCGUGCGCAAACCCGACCUAACCUAAAAUAUUUUCUGUUGUGCUUCAACAAUUCAAAAUGCAUAGAAUGUGGAACCGGGCUUUUUUUGCACUCGGUGCAACUGUUCUUCCAAUGAUUUUGAAUUACUUAAUCAAACGAAGACAUAAAUUUAAACUGAAAAAGUUACGAGAUGAAAAGUGGGACCAGGACAGUAGCUAUUACCACUGUAUUUUUUUCACGAUGAAAAACGUGAUGUGUUCAAGUCAUUUUAAUACACAUACAGCAUGUGAAGAUAAUUGUUCAGUCACACAUUUAAAUACGCUGUUACGGUUCCUAGGAUCAGCAAAAUACUCCAUAUCUUUGUGCAUGUAUAUGGUCACAUUGAAGCAAGUUACUGACGAGCUAAUUAAAGCCGAAGAUCGCGGUGUGAAAGUUAGAAUAAUCACAGACCACGUUAUGUACAAAAUGGAACGUUCUAAAACUAAAUUGCUGAAAGAACGAUACGGUUUUGAGGUUCGGACGCCCCCUUAUCAAGACUCCUUGAUGCAUCACAAAUACUGCCUUGUCGAUGCUGAGGAUCCAAACUUGCAGAAAAUGUUCCUAGGAUCACUGAAUUUAACAGUUCAAGGGUGUCUCAAAAACUUUGAAUUCGUAUGCAUCACAAAUAAUUCAACGAUGAUUAAAAGGUAUAAUGAAGAGUUUGAAUCACUUUGGACCACGUUCGAAAACUCAGACAUUUUUCUUUAGAGAUGUUUAUUCAAAAUAAAAUUAACAAAUACAUUAUUUUUUUAAA